UUUUAAAUUCCAAACGGCUGCGUGCGUUGCUUCGGGCUGAAGUGGGAUUUUCAAAGGGAGUAGUCGGUAUCAUUGGUGGUUAUACAGUUUAUGCAUCCGAUAAAGGACUUAUUUAAGCCUGAGAGUCCGGUGUUUUCAGGAUGAGUUCUGUCGACGUCAACGAUGAGAACUGUGGGGUCGUCCCAGCAGGAAAGCACAACAGCCUGUGUCAGGACAUAUUCUGCCUGGAUCAGCCCACCGGGAGGCCGUCAAUCCUGCGUCAGACAGAGAACCUGCCCAGUAAGACCAUGCCGAAGGGCGCUAAGGUUUGUUUUCAGACCCCCAGGAGAGACCCUUUGACUAAAAGGAUUUUGUCUCCCAGCAAAACCGUUAUGUCCAGUGUGGACGAGAACGGCAAAGUGAUCGAAUCUCUUAAUUUGGAUAAAUCAGACGUCUUACCACAUGAAACCACUACGCCUCUAAAUCAAGAGCCGUCAUCGUUCCCUGACGACAACAUGCCGAUUCAGAGCGGAGGCGGCUAUAAGCUAGAUUUUGACAACCUAGAGGCCAUCGAUCCUUUUCAGGGCUCCAAAAAGAUGGCCCUCUCCCCUGUGUGCCCUGUUGUCAAAGAUCCGCUAGAGGCCCAGCAGACGGCUUCAGAGAAUCUCCUCCAGGAACCAGGAGUCAAGGCCACGCUGGAGGACACGCUGCCGUACUCGUCCUCUGUGGAAAACUCUCUGGCGGACGUCUCCGGCGCCAACACCAGCUCCACAGAGAGCAGCAUUGUUACCGUGAACCUGACGAAUGUACUUGCAAUAGAAGAAGAACCUUUGUGUCCACCUACACCUGACGAGAAGAAACUUGAUGAUGUUUGCACAGGUCCAGAAGAAUCCGGCAUUAACACGGAGGACGCUCCUCCUCCAGCAAAGGGCUCCUAUAGCCUGGAUUUUGACAACCUUGAUGCAAUCAAUCCAUUCCAGACGGGAGGCUCCAAGAUUCAGAAUUCCCCUGUGGUUGGAAAGCAGGUGGCGGAUAGUGAUCCAGCCGUGGAGGAAAAUAAACCUGCUGAUGCUCCUGAGGAGGAGGAGACGUUCUCGGCCGCCCAGCUGGACGGGAAGCCCUCAGCAACAGUGACCCAAUCUCUAUCAGAAACGGCUGAAUCUGGGCCCGCUGAUGUCCCGGUUCAAGCGGGACCGAUCAAACUCGAGUUCAACUUCAGCGACGGCGGUGAAGUCAAACGGAAACCGCCGCCUAAGAAGCUUGGAAAAAGGUCCGCUGAUUUAAAACGUAAAGAAGGAAAGCCGGCGUCUGAUCCCAAACCAGCUGAGGAGGCUGCUGUGAAAGCUGGUUCUGGAGAUGCUGCAGACGCUGCCAUUUCCAAAACUUCCUACUCCUUUGACUUUGAGAAGUUUGAUGACCCAUACUUCAAUCCUUUUGGCACCAAAACAAACGUAGUCGACUCUCCAAAGAGCAGCGGCAUGCCCAACCGUGCGCUCAUGGAAGCGGCUCCUGCAGAACAAAACAAAGACCCAGAGAAAGAGGACGCUGCAUCAUCGGAGAAGUCUCUGUUUUUUUUUUCCUGCAGCGCUGCAGAGAUGUUUCCUCCUAUUGGGCCCCAUCAGGCAUCGACGGCGGAUCACGCGGUUCUCUCUAAAACAGACGUGGAAGAUGGCCAGAGCCAGCAGGGCCAGGAUCCUGCCGAGCAGCCAUCUCAGAUGGGCUCGCUGGACUUUAAUGAAGAGUUUGUUCCUGGAUCCAUGUUCAUGGCCGAUGACUUCGAUGGGCAGAUUGAUUACCUUAUGCAGUUUGGCUCCAGCAAUUUUAAGGAGUCAGCACUGAGGAAACAGUCGUUGUACCUGAAGUUUGAUCCCCUCCUGAGAGAAAGUCCGAAGAAAACUGCUGGCCCUGCCGCUCAGCUGCUCUCUACUGCCCCUUGUGGACUGGCGUCACGGCUCAAUGAUGCAGAGACAGAGUCAACUAAAGGGCCACAAAAUGAUGUCAUCAAUCUGGUGGAGGAUGCAGCGGCCCCCGUGAGUCUCAGCCUGAAUCCGUCGAGCAGUUUGAUGUUGGACCUCCUGACUCCUCCGAUCCUACAGAGUCUGGUCCCUCCGUUUCCAGAAACUGCAGAUGUCGAAGAGGCCAUCAUUGAUGUGCUGAAGUACAGCCAGAAGGACAUGGAUGCAGCCAUCUCCAGGGUGCAGGCCGAGGCCAGCGUGAAAGAGGAGCAGUGGAGUGCCAAGUUUAAAAAGCUGCAAGAUGACGGUCAAGAAAUGAGGAAAGUAAUUGCAGAAUUUGAGCUGUUAAUUGCAAACAUGAAUGCCAAUCAAGAGAAGGAGAGGGAGGAGGCCAAGAAUAAUCUCAGCAAGGUUCUGGCGGAGAAGGAGCAGGUGUCCAGCGACCUGAACUCCAUGGAGAGAUCGUUCGGCGACCUGUUUAAGAGACUCGAAAAGUACAAGGAAGUAGUGGAGGGCUACAAAAAGAACGAGGAGACGCUGAAGGCCUGCGCACAGGACUACCUGGCGAGGAUAAAAAAGGGGGAGCAACGCUACCAGAUGCUGAAGACUCACGCCGAGGAGAAAAUUAACCUGGCUAAUGAAGAAAUUGCGGAUGUGCGAAACAAAUAUAAGGCGGAGCUUUCGGCUCUUCAGGCACAACUGCGGCGGGAGCAGCUGAAGAUUCAGUCGUUGGAGAAGAGCCUGGAUCAGAAGGGAAAAGAGGUGGAAGAGCUCACCAAGCUCUGCGAUGAGCUGAUAUCCAAAGUCCAAAAAGGAUGAGCUCCUCUGUAAAUAAUACUAAUUGUCUCUCCUUUUGCUCUGACGGUCCUUUUUAUUGUAGUUUGUUUCUGUUUCAGUGUUUCUAUUAACUGUGUAAUAAAGAUCCUUUACUAGUUUUAUUGAUAAUUCCA